CUACCACUACUGACUAUCAGUAGUACAGUAGAAGGCACAGUGACGACCCUUCGUCAACAGCACUAUGUUGGAACAGACUGUGAGAGGGUCUGUGACACUUUCAUCAAUGGAAUACUGAAAAAAAGGAACAUUUUUGCUGGACGGAAGCAGUGGAUGUCAGUCAUCCUGUCAUGGAAGCACCAAAUACAAAAAAAAAACCUGGACACGGACAGCACAGGAAAGAGACCCCUACUUGCCAAACAUUGUCCCGUCAGUCCACAGCAGACUAUAUUGGAGAGGUCAAACCCAGGAAACUAAAUGGUUCCUCAGUGGAGACGCCCAGCCACCAGGACCUGCACCGGGAGCUGCUGCUCAGCCAUAAAAGGGGCCUGUUGCUGGAGGAAAAGCCGGAGCUGAAGCGAGUGUUAGACCAGCGCCGACUGGAUCUGCACAAAGUGGAAGAGCUGGCAAAACAAGGGCCCUCAGAUUUGGAGACAGAGCUCCGAAAGAGGCAACAGAAGCUACAAGAGGUCAAAAGCACCCGACAAGCAACUGAGACAUUAAACGGAUAUGAGCAGGAGGAGAUCAGGCAACGGGAGAACGAAAAGAAGAUUCCAGAGUUUGUUCGGGUGAAGGACAACCUGAGGCGCACACAAACGUUUGAGCAGUAAACGCGCCAAGACUCCCAUCAAGUCCCUGCAACAUCUCACCACAGUGGCCCUAUGUUUUUUACGUUCUUAAAAACCUCCAUAUUACAGAUGCUACAGCUGACCAUGCAGCAUGGAACACAUAAUCUAUUCUUGCAUGGUGUAUUAAGCUUUAUUACAGUUCAUCAUGAAAGUAUUCACAGCACUUCAAUUUUUCCACAUUUUGUUAUGUUACAGCCUUAUUCCAAAAUAGAUUAAUUUUUUUUCCUCAA